CAGGGAACUGAGCUGACAGAGCCGAGAACAGCUUGAGACAAGGGGAGGUGGGGAGGAAUGAGGGGGAAGGUGACAGACAGAACUCUGGAGCGGCAGACACAGCUGAAAGCACAAAGCACAGCACAGAGAAGACCCCGAAGGCUCUAGCUGACUCGAGUAGGGGGCGGGGAGGAUGUGAGAGGUGUGGGACAUAGGAGUUGCGGGACCAGAGCCUCUACUGCGUCAGGCUGGUGAAUCUGGUCCUGUUUCCACCCCGCCAGAUUCACUCCCUAGGUGUGUUUGUUUACUGGUCCCUCCCUGUCUCGCUCAGAUGCUCCAGCUCUAGGGAUCUCUGGGUGCAGAUCACAUUCUCCCAGACUCCUGAGCCUUGGGUCCAGCCAUGGGCCCCUCCAGCAUCUUCCUGUGCAUCCUGUUCCUCUGUGGGGCACUGGGUCUCACCACGCCCCCGCCCCCUGCCCGAGGUCGGCUCCGCUGUUACACCUGCAGCUUUGCCAAACCCUGCUACCCGGUUCCCACCGAGUGUCAGGACGACGAAGCUUGUGGCAUCAGUAUUGGCACCUCAGAGCAGAAUGAGAUCAUCGAGCGGAAGGGCUGCCUCCCACGGGCCCAGUGCCCUCUGCAGGGCCAUGCCACCUACUGGUCGCGCUCCUACGCUCUGCGGCACCACUGCUGUGAGCAGGACCUGUGCAACACAGCCAUCAGGCUGCAGCCGCUCCCCAGCCCCCUACUUGCCGCCCUGCUCCUCCUUGCAGCCAGCUUCACCUGGGGAGGUCCCCUCCUCCGCUGGCUUCAAGCCAAUCUGCAGCCUUCAACCCAGGACCCUGCCCCGCUCCUCACCGCCCUGGAGACCCCUGCAUCUGAGAUAUGCCCAAGAACCUGA